GCUGGUCUGAUGUGGUCUGAUGGGUUCUCUCCUCACCUCCAGAGGAACAAACAGCUGCAGGACACUCUGCUGCAGAGGGAGGAGGAGCUGCUGAGGCUGCAGGACGAGAACCAGCAGCUCCGAGGGUUCCUCGGCUCGGCCUUCGUGAGGAACCUGCAGAGAGAAGCCCAGAAACUGAACCCCGAUGGGAGGAGGAAGCCCAAGAGACGCCUGAUGGACGUCCACGAUGGAUCUUUCCAGAACCGCGGUCCUCAGUUCCAAAGCUCGCAGGUCAGAAAGAGAGUCUGCAGGAACCUCACGGCCGAGUUCAGCUCCUCCUCCUCCUCCUCCUCCUCCGAGCCAAACCUGGACCUCUGGGUCCUCCGAACACUGGGCCUGAAGGACCGGGACACCAUCGACACGUCCGCCGAGUCCUCGUCCGGCUUCGGCCCCGGCGGUCUGGUCCGUGAUCUGGCCGAGUCGCCCGAGACCUGCGCCGCCUCUCCGGGUCGACGCUUCGCGGCCGCCGGGCUGACGGCUCAGGGCGGACCUCCUGAAGAGGUGACCCGGAGCUACAGAACGUCCCCCGCCUUCAGACCUCCGCCGUCAACGGAGGAACCGCCCUUCAGCCGGUCGGCGGGCGGAGCUGAGGCCAGACCUCCGGCCUACUGGUCUCCACUGAGAGGACCACCCUCACGGGACCCCAUCUCGUCUUCGAGCCCAACGCCUUGCAGCCGGACCGACGUGGCCUUCAGGAUGUCCCUCAGCCCGACCAGCAGCGUGAAGACCCACAGCUUCCCCCAGGGUCAGGCCUUCGUCAGGAAGACCACCGAGGGCAGGUGCAACUUCACCUGGGUGCCCACGCAAAGACCGUAG